AUGGAAGAAGUGAAAAAACAAGUACAGUUGGCCAUGACGGGUCGGGACACCGAGGAAGCAGUGGCCCAGGGCAAACGCCCCAUGAGGCUCGCGGAGGGCAUCCAGGCAAUGAACUUGGCGGCCAACCUCGCAGUGAUGGGCAAGGUCCUUGGGAACCACGAGAAGCUCCUCCAGGAUUUAGUGGAAGUGGUGGAGUAUCUGAAGGCAAUCCUCUUGCUUGGGGCAAGGCAGCGGCGCCUACUACAGGAGCGGUGGGAGGACUUUCAGAUCGACUGCUUGGUCGAGGAGGCAGUCCGGCACGAACGGAACCUAGUGGAACAGCUGCGGUUCCUCAGUUCGGACCUCUGGGCGAUCGGCAGAAUGAGACAACUUCAGCAGGUGUACAUGGAGAAGAAGGGCGGCGUCGACAACGAAGCGCUGAAGAGCGCAGAGCUACCCGCUCUUCCAGAGCUCAGUGGUGACACGGGAGUUGAGUUUAGUGACUGGUUGUAUGUGGCCGAGCAGACCAUCGGAGCCAUGUCAGACUCAGCGUCCAUCUGGUAUGAGAAGAUUAUGGCAUGUGUGAGGGAAGCCUACGCCAGAUACCAGGUGGCCUCGCCGCUGGAACGAUUGUCCAUUGGACCGCGGUCAGCUCCAGAACUACUUGAGCCUCGAUGGGUUCGGCUAGAUCGCAAGGUCAUGACUUUGAUUUUGGCGGCGAUGCCAAAGAUG